UUUGCGGUUUCAAAACUGUCUCUGGUAAAGUUUUAGAAAGUUGCGAGCGAGACUCCGGCUGAAUUACUUUUUCGCGGGGCAAUAUCGCAGGAACCUUUCGCUGAUUUCAUGAUCAAAAAUGUCUCAUAAACAGAUCUACUACUCCGAUAAAUACACAGAUGAUCAUUAUGAAUACAGACAUGUGGUCUUACCGCAGGAUAUGGCCAAAGAGGUGCCCAAAUCCCAUCUGAUGUCCGAGGAUGAGUGGAGGAGGCUGGGCGUGCAGCAGUCACUGGGAUGGGUCCAUUACAUGAUCCAUGAACCUGAGCCUCAUAUUCUGCUGUUUAGGAGACCUCUUCCAAAACAGUGAUGGUGAUGUUUCUUCCCUGUAGUUCUGGAACAUUCCUGUGGAUGAUUCUGGUAUUCAGUGAAUACUUCAGUGAAUAGCCACGAUGCUUUUCACAGCGUUUACACUCGGACGGAGAAUCAAGGGAUUAUGGGAAAUGUAUUUUCAGUGAGAGUUUAAGGGUUCUUAACUCUCAAGAAUCAUCUGACCAAAAGUGCCUCUUGGGGUAGAAGCUAAACCGUUGAAGAUUUGUGUGUACAAUAAAAGUCUGUGAUGCAUUAUGAGUGUUGAAGACAGGUAAAUCAGUGUUCGUUAUGGCUGAAUGAAAUGUAUUUGGAUAAAAGAUGAACUGUAAGUUCAACACAUACUGUCCUUGUAUUAGGUUGUGUAUUGGCUGAGACUAAUCUCAGCUUGAAUCUCUUGUGAUAUUUUAAGGAAGGCAAUUGUAUACUGUAAAGAUGCUUUAUGAAGUUUAAAUCAUGAAUGCAAGGUGUGCACGCUUCUAUAGAGAAAGAGCCUUAAUAACAACAUCUGCAGCUACUUUCAGAAAGUGUUUAUUGUUGACAAGGUUUAUAAAGAAAGAACAAAUAUUUCAAGCCUUCAUCACAAAUGUAAUUAUGUCUAUAUUAGUUCUUUAUUCUUGAUGACAACACUGUAAUAAAUGCACUUGUACAAGAUGUGUUAGUGGUCUCUUUUCAGUGGACGGCAGCAUUGCACAGUUUUCAACACAAGAGGGCGCCACAUCGCAACU